UUGCCGAGUUCUUGUUUCCUCUCGGCUCGUUCCAUUCGCUCUACCGUACACGUACACUUCUAGUUGUCACUGCGACGAAAGGCAGCUGAGAGAUACCACCGACGAGACCUGUCACCGAGUACGGUGAAUCAAACCAGACCAGCCGGUUUACCCAAUUUUUUAAUUAUUUCACGAAAAGAGAAAAAAAAACAAGCCUUUGAUAGAUAAACCGAGUUGAACAGAAGUGAAACCCUUUUCCAACUUAAGAAACCAAUGUGAAGAGUGGAAUCGUUGUUUUUCUUCGUUAUACGAUUUAAUCUAAAAGUACAGUUGGAUUUUUGUGAAAAAAUCGAUCAUCGACUAAUGGCCAAGAAGCAUUUUCUCGUGAUUUGUCUGUGUCUUUUUCUACUCCCGUUGUGCAAGCCCGACGACGAAACUAAUUCCACAGUGGAAGUGAACUCUUACCAAGACGAAUGGGUGGUUCGAAUCGAUGGUGGACCUCAGGUCGCCUCCCUCCUGGCUCUCCAGUACGGCUACAAAAAUCUUGGAUUAGUUCUCGGAUUCCAAGAUACGUAUCUGUGGCACAAAAUCGAUCAACGGCGCCAAAGGAAACGAGGCAAUACCAGAUUUGACAAGAACCUCGAUUCCCAUCCUGAGAUCCUUUGGGCGGAUCAGCAAAGAAUCUUCGAGCGUCAUAAGCGAGAUUACGUUGCAACGAAUUUAUCGGAUUCGGAGAAGCCUCUCGUGAGAGAAAAACGUUUGUUUGAUAGCAUGGAAUCAAGUUCUAGGCUACUGAUGAGUCGGAAAUGGAAUAGAGAAGUCGAUGGCGGAUUAGAUGUCGCCACUAUGUUCAAUGAUGAGCUCUGGGCCGAAGAGUGGUACCUGCAAGACACACGAACCGUCAAAGCACUUCCAAAACUCGAUUUGAACGUUAUUCCUGUUUAUCGACUUGGGGUAACCGGACGCGGGAUAAGAAUCGCUGUACUGGAUGAUGGUCUCGAGCACACUCAUCAGGAUCUUCGUUCAAAUUACGAUCCGGAAAUAAGUUACGACGUCAACAACGCUGACAAUGAUCCGAUUCCCCGUUAUGAAUCUUCAGGGACCAACGGUCACGGGACGAGAUGUGCGGGUGAAAUAGCAAUGGAGGCCAACAAUCGGAAGUGUGGAGUCGGGGUUGCCUUCGAGGCGAGUAUAGGUGGGAUAAAGCUACUGGAUGGCAUUGUGAACGAUCGGGUUGAGGGUGAGGCGCUCGGCUAUAAGCAAGAGCUCGUCGAUAUUUACACGGCUUCUUGGGGUCCAGCGGACGAUGGAAAAAGUUUAGAAUCACCGGGAAGGCUUGCUACGGAGGCAUUGAAGCGGGGAAUCGUCGAGGGCAGAGGUGGCAAGGGAAAUAUCUACGUGUGGGCAUCCGGCAACGGUGGAUCGAAGCACGAUGAUUGCGGUUGCGACGGAUAUGUAGGAAGUAUUUACACAAUUGCAGUGGGUUCAGCGAGUCAAACUGGCAAAUUCCCUUGGUACGGCGAACGAUGCCCAGCAACAUUAGCGACGACUUACAGCAGCGGAGCUUAUCAAGAUCAGAUGAUUGCAACGACGGAUCUGAGAAACAAAUGCACAACUCGCCAUACCGGAACUUCGGCCUCGGCACCAUUAGCCGCCGGUAUAUUUGCCUUGGCCCUUCAAGUGAACAAAGAGCUCACCUGGAGAGACGUUCAACAUCUGGUCGUUCAAACCUCCGAGUACAGCCCUCUCAGAGAGAAUCCUGGCUGGCUCAAAAAUUCAGCUGGAUUUUGGUUCAAUCCUCGAUUCGGCUUUGGCCUCAUGAACGCACAUGCUUUAGUUACGACCGCUCAAAACUGGACCACCGUUCCCGAGGGCCGAUUUUGCCGCUUUAAUCCAUUACCUAUAAUUAACAAGAGUCUCGGCUAUGGAAAUACGAGAAUCGUGAGAUUCGACGUCGAUGGAUGUCACGUAGAAGAAGCAGUCGAGGCGGCAGUUUUCUUUUUGGAGCACGUGCAAAUAGAGACGAGCAUCAAGUACACGCGCCGUGGUGCACUCGAGAUGCACCUGACAUCACCUUCGGGAACGAAGACGACGGUACUGAAUCCAAGACGAUUGGACGAUUCGAAAGAGGGUUUCACCAAGUGGAAAUUUAUGUCGGUUGCCACUUGGGGCGAAAAUCCUCGAGGAACUUGGACACUGGAAAUUACGGAUCAGGCUGGGCCCCAAACCAACAAUGGAACUUUAGAAGAUCUAACUUUAAUAAUUCACGGUACAAACCAGAUACCGAAAUAUCGUGAAAAUGGUCCGAGAAUUUACAACGACGAAUACAACAGGAUACGAAAAAUGAACCACCCGGAUUCUCGAGAGUACAGUGACAGAAAAAUCUGGAAGGAAACGAGCGACAGCGAUGAAAAUUUUGUGCAGAAAGUUCCGAAGCUUGGAGGAAUCUUUGACAACGACUGGCUCGCGCGUUUACUCGAAAGUUAAAUCUUACCAGGCGUUUAUGAACUCCUCGAGGGAUAACCGAGCUCGCGACGACCAAAGACUUCCCACAACGCACCAUUCCGAAAUCCAUUUUCUUUCUUCGUAAUUUAAUCACAAAUACUGGAUCUGCCUGGAUACACAUUCGCAGCCACUCGAUUUCCUGCAACACUGGCUUUUUGUGAUAUAAAUAAAUAAUAAAUAAAUAAAUUUAAAAAAACUAUACUAAAACUGAUGGA